GUGGACGUGGACGUGGACGUGGACGUGGAGGUGGACGUGGAGGUGGACGUGGACGUGGACGUGGACCUGGUCGUGGACGUGGACGUGGACGUGGAGGUGGACGUGGACGUGGAGGUGGAGGUGGACGUGGAGGUGGACGUGGACGUGGACGUGGACCUGGUCGUGGACGUGGACGUGGACGUGGACGUGGACGUGGUCGUGGACGUGGACGUGGACGUGGACGUGGACCUGGACGUGGACGUGGACGUGGACGUGGACCUGGAGUGGACGUGGACGGUUGACGUGGACGUGGACGUGGUCGUGGACGUGGACGUGGACGUGGUCGUGGACGUGGAUGUGGACGUGGACGUGGACGUGGACGUGGACGUGGUCGUGGACGGGGACGUGGACGUGGACGUGGUCGUGGACGUGGACGUGGACGUGGACGUGGACCCGGACGUGGACGUGGACGUGGACGUGGACGUGGUCGUGGACGUGGACGUGGACGUGGUCGUGGACGUGGACGUGGACGUGGACGUGGUCGUGGACGUGGACGUGCACGUGGACGUGGACGUGGACCUGGACGUGGACGUGGACGUGGACGUGGUCGUGGACGUGGACGUGGACGUGGACGUUGACGUGGACAUUGACGUGGACGUGGUCGUGGUCGUGGACGUGGACGUGGACGUGGACCUGGAGGUGGACUUGGACGUGGACGUGGACGUGGACGUGGUCGUGGACGUGGACGUGGACGUGGACGUGGACUUGGACGUGGACGUGGACUUGGACGUGGACGUGGACGUGGACGUGGACGUGGACGUGGUCGUGGACGUGGACGUGGACGUGGACGUGGACCUGGACGUGGACGUGGACGUGGACGUGGACCUGGACGUGGACGUGGACGUUGACGUGGACGUGGACGUGGUCGUGGACGUGGACGUGGACGUGGUCGUGGACGUGGAUGUGGACGUGGACGUGGACGUGGACGUGGACGUGGUCGUGGACGGGGACGUGGACGUGGACGUGGUCGUGGACGUGGACGUGGACGUGGACGUGGACCCGGACGUGGACGUGGACGUGGACGUGGACGUGGACGUGGUCGUGGACGUGGACGUGGACGUGGUCGUGGACGUGGACGUGGACGUGGACGUGGUCGUGGACGUGGACGUGGACGUGGACGUGGACGUGGACCUGGACGUGGACGUGGACGUGAACGUGGUCGUGGACGUGGACGUGGACGUGGACGUGGACGUUGACGUGGACAUUGACGUGGACGUGGUCGUGGUCGUGGACGUGGACGUGGACGUGGACGUGGACGUGGACCUGGAGGUGGACUUGGACGUGGACGUGGACGUGGACGUGGUCGUGGACGUGGACGUGGACGUGGACGUGGACUUGGACGUGGACGUGGACUUGGACGUGGACGUGGACGUGGACGUGGUCGUGGACGUGGACGUGGACGUGGACGUGGACCUGGACGUGGACGUGGACGUGGACGUGGACCUGGACGUGGACGUGGACGUUGACGUGGACGUGGACGUGGUCGUGGACGUGGACGUGGUCGUGGACGUGGAUGUGGACGUGGACGUGGACGUGGACGUGGACGUGGUCGUGGACGGGGACGUGGACGUGGACGUGGACGUGGUCGUGGACGUGGACGUGGACGUGGACGUGGACGUGGACGUGGACCCGGACGUGGACGUGGACGUGGACGUGGACGUGGACGUGGUCGUGGACGUGGACGUGGACGUGGUCGUGGACGUGGACGUGGACGUGGACGUGGUCGUGGACGUGGACACGUGGACGUGGUCGUGGACGUGGACGUGGACGUGGACGUGGACCUGGACGUGGACGUGGACGUGGACCUGGACGUGGACGUGGACGUUGACGUGGACGUGGACGUGGACGUGGUCGUGGACGUGGACGUGGUCGUGGACGUGGAUGUGGACGUGGACGUGGACGUGGACGUGGACGUGGACGUGGUCGUGGACGGGGACGUGGACGUGGACGUGGAUGUGGUCGUGGACGUGGACGUGGACGUGGACGUGGACGUGGACCCGGACGUGGACGUGGACGUCGACGUGGACGUGGACGUGGUCGUGGACGUGGACGUGGACGUGGUCGUGGACGUGGACGUGGACGUGGACGUGGUUGUGGACGUGGUCGUGGACGUGGACGUGGUCGUGGACGUGGACGUGGACGUGGACGUGGACGUGGACGUGGACUUGGACGUGGACGUGGACGUGGACGUGGUCGUGGACGUGGACGUGGACGUGGACGUGGACUUGGACGUGGACGUGGACUUGGACGUGGACGUGGACGUGGACGUGGACGUGGACGUGGUUGUGGACGUGGACGUGGACGUGGACGUGGACGUGGACGUGGACCUGGACGUGGACGUGGACGUGGACGUGGACCUGGACGUGGACGUGGACGUUGACGUGGACGUGGACGUGGUCGUGGACGUGGACGUGGACGUGGUCGUGGACGUGGAUGUGGACGUGGACGUGGACGUGGACGUGGACGUGGUCGUGGACGGGGACGUGGACGUGGACGUGGACGUGGUCGUGGACGUGGACGUGGACGUGGACGUGGACGUGGACCCGGACGUGGACGUGGACGUGGACGUGGACGUGGACGUGGUCGUGGACGUGGACGUGGACGUGGUCGUGGACGUGGACGUGGACGUGGACGUGGACGUGGUCGUGGACGUGGACGUGGACGUGGACGUGGACGUGGACCUGGACGUGGACGUGGACGUGGACGUGGUCGUGGACGUGGACGUGGACGUGGACGUGGACGUGGACGUUGACGUGGACAUUGACGUGGACGUGGUCGUGGACGUGGACGUGGACGUGGACGUGGACGUGGACCUGGAGGUGGACUUGGACGUGGACGUGGACGUGGACGUGGUCGUGGACGUGGACGUGGACGUGGACGUGGACGUGGACUUGGACGUGGACGUGGACUUGGACGUGGACGUGGACGUGGACGUGGUCGUGGACGUGGACGUGGACGUGGACGUGGAACAGGACGUGGACGUGGACGUGGACGUGGACCUGGACGUGGACGUGGACGUUGACGUGGACGUGGACGUGGUCGUGGACGUGGACGUGGUCGUGGACGUGGAUGUGGACGUGGACGUGGACGUGGACGUGGACGUGGUCGUGGACGGGGACGUGGACGUGGACGUGGACGUGGUCGUGGACGUGGACGUGGACGUGGACGUGGACCCGGACGUGGACGUGGACGUGGACGUGGACGUGGACGUGGUCGUGGACGUGGACGUGGACGUGGUCGUGGACGUGGACGUGGACGUGGACGUGGUCGUGGACGUGGACGUGGACGUGGACGUGGACCUGGACGUGGACGUGGACGUGGACGUGGUCGUGGACGUGGACGUGGACGUGGACGUUGACGUGGACAUUGACGUGGACGUGGUCGUGGUCGUGGACGUGGACGUGGACGUGGACCUGGAGGUGGACUUGGACGUGGACGUGGACGUGGUCGUGGACGUGGACGUGGACGUGGACGUGGACUUGGACGUGGACGUGGACUUGGACGUGGACGUGGACGUGGACGUGGACGUGGUCGUGGACGUGGACGUGGACGUGGACGUGGACGUGGACCUGGACGUGGACGUGGACGUGGACGGGGACCUGGACGUGGACGUGGACGUUGACGUGGACGUGGACGUGGUCGUGGACGUGGACGUGGACGUGGACGUCGACUUGGACGUGGACGUGGACAUGGACGUGGACGUGGACGUGGACGUGGAAGUGGACGUGGACGUGGACGUGGACGUGGACGUGGACAUGGACGUGGACGUGGACGUGGACGUGGACGUGGACGUGGACGUGGACGGGGACGUGGACGUUGUCGUGGACGUGGUCGUGGACCUUGACGUGGACGUGGACGUGGACGUGGACGUGGUCGUGGACGUGGACGUGGACGUGGACGUGGUCGUGGACGUGGACGUGGACGUGGACGUGGACGUGGACCUGGACGUGGACGGGGACGUGGACGUGGACGUGGACGUGGACGUGGACCUGGACGUUGACGGGGACGUGGACGUGGUCGUGGACGUGGUCGUGGACCUUGACGUGGACGUGGACGUGGACGUGGACGUGGACGUGGACGGGGACGUGGACGUGGUCGUGGAUAUGGACGUGGACCUGGACGUUGACGGGGACGUGGACGUGGACGUGGACGUGGACCUGGACGUUGACGGGGACGUGGACGUGGUCGUGGACGUGGUCGUGGACCUUGACGUGGACGUGGACGUGGACGUGGACAUGGACGUGGACGUGGACGGGGACGUGGACGUGGACGUGGACGUGGACCUGGACGUGGACGGGGACGUGGACGUUGUCGUGGACGUGGUCGUGGACCUUGACGUGGACGUGGACGUGGACGUGGACGUGGUCGUGGACGUGGACGUGGACGUGGACGUGGACGGGGACGUGGACGUGGUCGUGGACGUGGACGUGGACGUGGACGUAG